CUUUCCACGACCACCGGACCGACGUCGGCAGUCUCAAAAUGGACAAUGUCUACAGACGCGACCAGUUCGUCAGGGAGGCGCAGUACCAUCGAGAGAUGUACGACUCAAUGACCUCUAUCUCCUCAUUUUCCUCCAGGCCUCCGAUUACUAUCCAGGUACCUCAAUUUAUGUAUACAGGUCCACCAACCUUAGCGCCGGGCGGAGGUGCUGAGGUCUUGGCUCCAGGAAUGCUCAGUGAAGGUUCGUGGAUGGAGAACAACGGGUUCAGCAGCGCCGCGCUAUCUUCGUACUCGACAUUGAAGAAUUACAACACGGUUCUGGCGCCCCAAGACAAGGUCGAGGACAUGCAGCGGGAGUCGCGUUUUGCACCGUUUGACUUUCCAUCCUCGUCGUCGAUGACCUCGCCAGCAUCAAUACCUGUGGCCAGUCCCCAGGCUUCAUUAGCGCAGCCGCCGCCUAUGGCCAUGGUUAUGCCAGUCUCGUCCCAUACCUCACCCGUAACAUUCACAUCAGUCCCAAGCGCACCUUCAGCCCUUGGCCUUCCUGUUUACUCUACCUCAGGUUUCGAUAUUCUCUCUGUACUCGCCCGUGUUGCUACUCGGCCAAACCCCACUGUCACGCUAGGCCCAGUUGACCUUGCAUCAUCUUUCGUUGUUGUUGACGUUCGGCGGCAUGACCAUCCCAUUGUAUAUUGCUCUCCAACAUUUUGCCAGUUGACAGGAUACCCGGAGCGGGAGAUUCUAGGGAGGAAUUGCCGUUUUUUGCAAAGCCCUGACGGUCGCGUCAGAAGGGGCGAACAACGACAGUAUACGAGUAAUGAAGCCGUUGCUCAUCUUAAGAAGAGCCUUGGCGCAGAUAAGGAGUGCCAGACGUCUAUUGUCAAUUACCGCAAGGGUGGAGGAGCAUUUAUCAACCUUGUGACUGUCAUUCCCAUCCGUGGAGGCGUCAACGAUGCACACGGCGACGAGGACGAGGUUGUGUACCACGUAGGCUUCCAGGUAGAUCUGACAGAGCAGCCGAAUGCUAUUUUGGAGAAGCUCAAGGAUGGGUCUUAUAUUGUCAACUAUCCCCCUUCACCCAUGCUACAUCCCCCUGGCGAUCUCCAAACUCUAUGUAUGGGAUCGGCCAAAAAGAACUUCAUACCACCACUAGUUAUGUCCUCACAUCUAAAGUCUAUCCUUCAAUCGGCCUCUGAAUCAAAUAACGAGAAGGCAGAAGACGGAAAUUCUAACCAUCCUCUCUCCCUUUCUCUUCUUUCACAUCUACCUGACUUCUUUCUCGUCGUCUCGCUCAAGGGGGCGUUCCUUUAUGUGGCUCCUGCGGUGCAGCAUGUACUCGGGUACGCUGCCGAGGAGCUAAUAGGAAAGGCUCUCGGCGACAUAUGCCAUGCAGCAGAUGUCGUUCCGCUGAUGAGAGAACUGAAGGAGAGCUCCUCGUGGGCUACGCCAUCGCAUGGUCAAGGUGAUUCGAGCAAGUUUGCAGAUUCAGACGGGAAACCCAAGACAGUUGACCUACUCUUCCGAGCGCAGACUAAGGCUGGCGUGUAUGUCUGGAUGGAAUGCCGUGGAAGACUAUAUGUCGAGCCGGGGAAGGGGAGAAAAGCCAUCGUACUUUGCGCGAGGUCGAGAGCAAUGGCGUCGUUAACUCUAUCCUCUGCCUCAUCUCUAGACGUGGUCAUUCGCGAGGCCGGCGGCUCAGAUUGCGAGACGAAUGGGGCUGGUCAGAAGCUGAGCUCGUCGGGAAACCUCUCGCUGCUGUCUUGGAAGGCAUCGACAGUAUGUUCUAUCGUAGUGGAGGAAGGGGCAGAGGUAGGGCUCGGACCAAGGAUGGGCGGAGUAUCGACGUGCAAUUCUCUCUCUACGGUACUGGCAGCUCACCCGGUGCUGGGGUGGGCGAACCUCCAUUGAUAUUCCAGAUCAUACCUCUGCCUUCAGCUG